AUGAGUGUUCAUAGGAAAAUUUUGGAGAAGAAUGGUAGAUUGGAUUUUCUGCAAUAACAAUAGCAAUAAUAUCCACAUCCAUAGGUUUAGGAGCUUAAAUAAUAAAUAGAAAAAUAGGAUUUUGAGGUUCUCAUAAAUUUAGAGUCAUAUCAACAAUAUAAUGCAAUUAAUAACAUAAGGGUUACAUCCAGAGUGUUUCCAAGAACUAAAUAACUGUAUAUGGAAGUCAAAAUUCCAUUUGCAGUGAUUAUUUAACCCUAUGGCUUAACUAUAUAAUAAGGAUUCCCUACUGUAAUUUAUGGGAGCAAUCAGAUUUUGAGAUGCCAGAAUUGUAAACCUUACAUCAAUCUUUUUAUGGAGCAUAUGAAGGAUGAAGAUUAUUUGAGAUGUAACAUUUGCACAUCUAUAAUUAAAAUACCAACAAACUUCAUUAGAUAGGAGUCCUGA